UUGAACACUAAGGCCAAUGGCUUCCCCUUUGUUUCGCUUUUGCUGCUGCUGCUGCUGUUUCUUCUUCUUCUAUUGUGUGGUUUUGAUUUCUUGGGGUGCGGAAGCAAACCCAAACUACAGCGAUGCAUUGGAAAAAUCCAUUCUGUUUUUUGAGGGCCAGAGAUCUGGAAAGCUUCCUGCAGAUCAGAGGAUCAGAUGGAGAUCCGACUCUGCCCUCACUGAUGGCUCUGCGGCCAAUGUGGACCUAACCGGCGGCUACUACGAUGCCGGCGACAAUGUAAAAUUCGGCUUCCCCAUGGCCUUCACCAGCACAAUGUUAUCCUGGAGCAUCAUAGAGUACGGCAAGCGCUUGGGUUCUCAGACUGCGGCCGCUCGCACAGCCGUCCGAUGGGCCACCGACUACCUCCUAAAAGCCGCCGGCGGACUACCAGACCGUCUCUACGUGGGAGUCGGCGACCCCAACGCCGACCACAAUUGCUGGGAACGGCCGGAGGAUAUGGACACCCCGCGUACGGUUUACUGGGUCUCACCGUCGGCUCCCGGGUCAGAUGUCGCCGGCGAAACAGCGGCGGGGGUAGCGGCGGCUUCGAUAGUCUUUGGGUCGGUGGAUAGAGCUUAUUCGAGCAAGCUGUUGGCGGCGGCUAAGAAGGUGAUGGGAUUUGCGCAGAAGUAUCAGGGAAAGUAUAGUGAUUCGGUGGGGGCGGUUUGCCCGUUUUACUGCUCCUAUUCGGGAUAUAAGGAUGAGCUGCUGUGGGGAGCAUCUUGGCUGCUAAGAGCUACUAAUGACACCUCCUAUCUCACUUAUUUGAAUUCGCUCGGUGCCAACGAUCAAACAGACAUCUUUAGCUGGGAUAACAAGUUUGCAGGAGCCAGAGUGCUCCUAGCAAGGAAAUCUUUGGUUGACAAAGACAAGACCUACGAUGCUUUCAGAACUCAGGCUGAAGAUUUCUUCUGCAAAAUCUUACCCAACUCCCCAUCUUCAUCAACACAGUACACCCCAGGAGGCCUUAUAUACAAGCUGAGCUCCAGCAACCUCCAAUAUGUUACUUCAAUUUCCUUUUUACUAUCUACCUAUGCCAAGUACAUGGCUGCAUCAGCCCACAACUUCAACUGUGGAAAUCUUCUUGUUACCUCAAACACUCUAAGAAACCUAGCAAAAAAACAGGUGGAUUAUAUAUUGGGAGACAAUCCUCUUAAACUAUCAUAUAUGGUGGGCUACAGUACAAAUUAUCCGAAAAAAAUACACCAUAGAGGAUCAUCAUUGCCGUCAAAGGCUAGCCAUCCUAGCCAUAUUGGCUGCCAAGAAGGAUUUCAGUACCUCAACACUAAUAAUCCAAACCCAAAUAUUUUGACCGGAGCUGUGGUUGGUGGUCCUGAUCAGAAUGAUGGGUACGCAGAUGAUCGGAAUAACUAUGCCGAGUCGGAGCCGGCCACAUAUAUAAAUGCUCCAAUUGUUGGAUGCCUUGCUUAUCUUGUUGGUAGUUUUGGCAGUGGAUAAAUAGAAUAUAUAGAUAUAGAUAUAUAGUUGCAAGGAUAGAAAGAAGGCAUCUUAUAUAUAUGUGCUAGAAAUAAGGUUUGUUCUAAUUUGAUGAAGAUUGUUGUAUGUUGUAAGCUUUGAUUGGCAGAAAAGAACUUAAGAUAGUUGACUAGCUUAUGAUCAUAGUUUUAGAAUGAAUGUUGGUGUGUUGGAAAUAUAAGUUGCCAGAUCCGCGACUUACAUCAACUUGUCUUGAUUCUAUAA